AUGAAGAAGACGUAUUCCGGAAGGUAUUUCGAAAUACUGGAGAAACGGAAGAAUCUACCAGUGUGGGUUCACAAAGAGGAGUUUCUCAAAACUUUGAAAGAGAAUCAGAUAGUGUUAUUGGUUGGUGAGACCGGAAGUGGUAAAACAACGCAGAUCCCUCAGUUUGUUUUAGAGGCGGUGCUCAAUGAAAACCCUAGCUCUGGUCCUAAGGGGAAGAAGUGGUUGGUUGGAUGCACGCAACCUCGUAGAGUUGCAGCGAUGUCUGUUUCCCGUCGUGUAGCCGAAGAGAUGGAUGUAGAGAUCGGGGACGAAGUUGGUUACACGGUCCGUUUCGAUGAUUGCAGCAGCUCCAAAACGGUGCUCAAGUACCUAACCGACGGUAUGCUUCUAAGAGAAGCAAUGGCGGAUCCUCUCUUAGGGAGAUACAAAGUGAUUGUUCUCGAUGAGGCGCAUGAGAGAAAUUUAGCCACGGAUUUGCUUUUUGGUCUUCUUAAACAAACCUUGGUUCGUCGACCUGAUCUUAAGCUGGUUGUAAUGAGUGCAACCCUAGAAGCCGAUAAGUUCCUCAAGUAUUUUAUUGGUGUGCCUCUUAUUAAAGUCCCUGGCAGGCUUUAUCCAGUGGAGAUCUUGUAUACUCGAGAACCCCAGAGGGACUAUCUCGAGGCUGCUAUAAAUACUAUUAUCCAGAUUCACGAGUUUGAGCCACCUGGUGAUGUUCUUGUUUUCUUAACCGGGGAAGAAGAGAUUGAAGAUACUUGCAGUAGAAUCACCAGUAAACUUGGUGAUCAAGUCAACGUUAUGCCAUUGUAUUCCACUCUUUCGCCUGCUAUGCAACAGAAGAUAUUCGAUCCGACACCGGAUCCAGUGAGAAAGAUUGUUGUCUCCACCAACAUUGCAGAGACUUCUUUAACCAUUGAUGGGAUUGUAUACGUGGUUGAUCCUGGUUUCUCCAAACAGAAGCUCUACCACCCAAACACUCGUGUGGAGUCCUUGUUGGUGUCUCCAAUAUCACAGGCAAGUGCUGACCAGAGAGCAGGUCGUGCUGGUAGAACACAACCUGGAAAGUGCUUCAGGCUUUACACAGAGAAAAGUUUUAAAGAAUUGGAGAAGCAGACGUAUGCUGAGAUAUUGAGAUCAAACCUUGCAAAUACAGUUCUGACCUUGAAAAUACUGGGUGUUGAAAACUUGCUGCACUUUGAUCUUAUAGAUCCUCCUGCUCCUGAGACCCUCUCUCGGGCCUUGGACGAUUUGUAUCAUUUGGGAGCAUUGGACGAUGAAUGUAACUUGACAAAGACAGGCGAGAUGAUGAGUGAGUUUCCAUUAGACCCACAGAUGGCAAAGAUGAUCAUAGUCAGUCCCCAAUUCAACUGCUCAAACGAGAUUCUUUCGGUUUCUGCGAUGCUUUCAGUACCCAAUUGUUUUAUCAGGCCAAGAGGAGAAGCUCAAAAAGCAGCAGAUAAAGCUAAGUCUAUGUUUUCACACAUUGACGGAGAUCACCUCACACUCUUGAAUGUGUUCCAUGCUUUCUUGCAACACAACCAAAAACCAGAUUGGUGCUAUGAAAACUUCAUCAACUACAGAGCAAUGAAAUCUGCAGUUAGUGUAAGAGAACAGCUGGUCCGGAUCAUGUCGAGGUUUCAGAUUAAGUUGUGCAGCCCUGAUUUCAACAGCCGAGACUACUACGUCAACAUAAGAAAGGCCUUGCUUGCCGGUUAUUUCAUGCAAGUGGCUCACCUAGAACGCACUGGCCAUUACUUGACUUUCAGAGAUAAGGACGACCAAGUGGUUAACUUGCAUCCUUCCAAUUGCUUGGAUUACAAACCAGAGUGGGUGGUUUACAACGAGUAUGUUUUCACUAGCCGAAAUUUCAUCCGAACUGUUACGUAUAUUCAGGGUGAAUGGCUAGUAGAUAUCGCACCGGAUUACUAUCAGCCUGCCAACUUCCCCAACUCUGAGGCCAAACGAGUCCUUCAAAGGCACUAUAAGAAGAGAAGACUGUCAGAAGAAAGGAGUUGUAAAAUCUUUUGCGCUAGCAAUUCUUAA